AUGUGGCACUAUAGAUGCUACGACACUAAGGAAGGAAGAGGGAGAACCAUGUGGCACUAUAGAUGCUACGACACUAAGGAAGAGAGACGAGAACCAUGUGGCACUAUAGAUGCUACGACACUAAGGAAGGAAGAGAGACGAGAACCAUGUGGCACUAUAGAUGCCACCACACUAAGGAAGGAAGGGAGACGAGAACCAUGUGGCACUAUAGAUGCUACGACACUAAGGAAGGAAGGGAGACGAGAACCAUGUGGCACUAUAGAUGUCACCACACUAAGGAAGGAAGAGAGACGAGAACCAUGUGGCACUAUAGAUGCUACGACACUAAGGAAGGAAGGGAGACGAGAACCAUAUGCUACAACACUAAGGAAGGAAGGGAGACGAGAACCAUGUGGCACUAUAGAUGCCACCACACUAAGGAAGGAAGAGAGACGAGAACCAUGCGGCACUAUAGAUGCCACGACACUAAGGAAGGAAGGGAGACGAGAACCAUGUGGCACUAUAGAUGCCACCACACUAAGGAAGGAAGAGAGACGAGAACCAUGUGGCACUAUAGAUGCCACCACACUAAGGAAGGAAGGGAGACAAGAACCAUGUGGCACUAUAGAUGCCACGACACUAAGGAAGGAAGGGAGACGAGAACCAUGUGGCGCUAUAGAUGCCACCACACUAAGGAAGGAAGAGAGACGAGAACCAUGCGGCACUAUAGAUGCCACGACACUAAGGAAGGAAGGGAGACGAGAACCAUGUGGCACUAUAGAUGCCACCACACUAAGGAAGGAAGAGAGACGAGAACCAUGUGGCACUAUAGAUGCCACCACACUAAGGAAGGAAGGGAGACGAGAACCAUGUGGCACUAUAGAUGCCACCACACUAAGGAAGGAAGGGAGACGAGAACCAUGUGGCACUAUAGAUGCCACGACACUUCUGUGGAACCAGGUCUGCAAGAAGGAGGGUAAAGAGACAGGAGAGUGA